AUAAAGGAUAUCAACACUUGUUCAUUACAAUUUUUUAUUUAUUUUCAAAUCAAUAGUAAAAAUGGGUCUAAAAUCUGUAUUGUGUGCCAAAAUAGAAAUGAAGGCUGACAAGGAUGUGUUCCAUGAUGUUUUUACAAAUAAACCACACCAUGUCUCUACUAUGUCCCCUUUGCAUGUACAAGGUUUUGAUCUUCUUGAGGGUGAUCUUGGAACUGUUGGAUCCAAAAUUUGUUGGACCUAUACCCUUGAUGGGGAAAAGAGGAUCUCUAAACAAAUACUUGAAGAUGUAGAUCAUGAAAAUAAGGUGCUCGUACUCAAAGAAUUUGAAGGAGAUAUAAUAGAUAAAUAUGAUAGUUUUAAAGCAACUCUUCAUAUCGAAACAAAAGACGAAAUCGAUUUGAUAACCUGGACAUUGGAGUAUGAAAGGCCAAAUGAGACUGUCCCUGAACUUAUAAGUUUGCUGGACUUUGUUGUUGGUAUGACAAAAGGUAUUGAUGAUCACCAUGCCAAUUUGAGUUGCAUUUGCACGUUGAGAGGAUAUCAACACUUGUCUAUUACAAUUUUUUUUAUUAUUUUCAAAUCAUUAGUAAAAAUGGGUCUAAAAUCUGUAUUGUGUGCCAAAAUAGAAAUGAAGGCUAACAAAGAUGUAUUUCAUGAUGUUUUUACAAAUAAACCACACCAUGUUUCUACUAUGUUCCCUUUGCAUGUACAAGGUUUUGAUCUUCUUGAAGGUGACCUUGGAACUGUUGGAUCCAAAAUUUGUUGGACCUAUACCCUUGAUGGGGAAAAGAAGAUUUCGAAACAAAUACUUGAAACUAUAGAUUAUGAAAAUAAGGUGCUCACACUCAAAGAAUUCGAAGGUGAUGUAACAGAUAUAUAUGAUAGUUUUAAAGCAAUUCUUCAUAUCGAAACAAAAGGCGAAAUCGACUUGGUUUGCUGGACAUUGGAGUAUGAAAGGCCAAAUGAGAAUGUCCCUGAACUUAUAAAUGUGUUGAACUUCGUUGUUGGUAUGACAAAAGCUAUUGAUGAUCACCAUGCCAAUUGAUGAAUUGAUAAGAUCUAUGUUGCUGGACAAGUGCAUAUUGUGUACUUUCUUUUAAUGUGUGUUAUGUCUUUCUCAUGUAAGCUAUAUGUUAUGUUGCCAACUUUAUUAACCUUUGUGUUGUGUAAUAAGACAUGGUAUGAAGUUUUUAUGUAUAUUGUG